AUGGCGGCCAGGCUGCGGGGCGCCGCCCUGGGUGUGCUCCUGGUGCUCUGGGUGCAGGUGGCGUCCACCUUGGUGGACCUAGACCUGCAGAAGAUUUCAGGCUUCUGGCGGGAAGUCGGUGUGGCCUCCAAGUAUAAUGUGGCCCUGAAGGCUGGGAUGAAGGUGGAGGGCUUGUUCAUCACCUCGAGUGGUCACAACGUGACCGUCAAGGCUACCUACAACAGCUCAGGAAGCUGCGUGACAGAGAAAGUGGUGGGCUCAGGAAGAGAUGCGGUGGGAAAACUGGCUUUCCCUGGCCACAGGGAGAUCUUUGUGCUGGACACAGACUAUGAGCACUACGCCAUCCUGAGAGUGUCCCUGCUUUGGCGGGGCAAGGAGUUCCACGUGUUCAAGUACCUCACUCGGAGCCUUGACACUGAGGAUGAGCCUGGAUUCUGGAGGUUCCGGGAGAUGACAGCAGACACGGGCCUUUACCUGGUGUCCAGGCACAGGAGGUGUGCGAAGCUCCUGAAGGAGCCCAGUGCCCAGCGGUCGGCACUGCCCCACCUGUGACCAGAGACACUGAGUCCAGGGACCGGAUCUUUGCCAAAGCCAGGCAGCUGGGAGCCCUAAC